CUUUUUUUACUUCCGUGUUUUACACAUAAUUUUGUUUUGAUAAAUCAUGAGAUUCAGCGAAGAAGAACUGAUAGAACUUGCAAAACUCCCUCCAGAUUUGGAUGGUGUUUUGCAGUUCAAAACUCAAGCUAGUAGAAUAAGAGAUCAAAUACAAGGUUACAAGUCAAGAUGGUUCAAGUUGAAGGGAAAUUUCUUGUUCUAUUACAGAAUAAAUGAUGAAGGAAAAGUUAGAGAACUUCUUGGGGCGUUUUUGAUGGAGCGCUUUCGUAUACUAAUGGAGAUGAAACCAAAUGCCUAUGCCUUUUCUAUUGCCUUUCAGAAUGACCGUGAGCGAAAGUAUAUUUUCCUAACUAGCUCCAAUGCCGAGUGUCAACGAUGGGUGUCUGCUUUAAAAAAUGCAAGCUACGAGAAAUUACAGACUCAAUUUUUUCUCCUGCAACAAAGGCUGGUUCGUAUAACUGGAAAGAACCCUGUGCAGCGCCAUGGUUUACAGAGGUACUAUGUGGACUUCUUGAGUGAAGAUGGAAUAGAAAUGAAUGAUGAUGAAACCAAAAAUUUGAAAGAAACGACGAGUAAUCAAAGGCAUCCGUUGGCAGUGAUUCAGGAACAACGGUUCUGUCACGAACAAUCUGGUGACUUGCAAGAAAACAAUCACAUAAAAACAUGUGCACUUGACUUGCAGAAUAAAUUAGAUAUUCAAAAUGAUGAAACAAACUCAUCACUCUGUGGUGAUGAGAAGAUACUUGAUGUUGAAGAUGUUGGAGAGAAAAUUGUUGACAGAGUGGACCGAGAUGGAGAAGAUGAAAAAGUAACAUUGUCUGAAAAAUGUAAUGGUAAUGAAAACAAACAGUAUCUUGAUCAUAGAACCAAAAAUACUACUAAAGAAAUGAUAAGUAAUAGAAGGCAUCCGCAGGUUUUAUUAGAGGAACAACAAUUGUCUCACAAACAAUGCGAUGACUGGCAAGAAAACCGUAACGUAGAAGCAUGGGCAAGUAAAUUGCAGAAAGAGAAAGAUGUCAUAAAUGGUGAAUCAAAUUCAUCACUUCACAAAGAUUUAAAGGAACUUGAUGUUGACGCGAAUGGCGUGGAAGAUGUUACAGAGAAAACUAUUGAUGAAGUGAAAAUGAAUAGACCAGAUGAGACAUUGUUAUCUUCCACAAACUGUGGAGGUACUAGCAAUGAACAGGAUGUUGAUAAUUCAAACAGUGAUUUAAAUGAAAUGGAAAAUGGAUCAAGUAACUCAAAAUUAGUGGAGGAAGGAAGAUGAUAAUGGUGAUAAUGAGGAUGAUGAUGAUGGUAUUAAAAAUGAAAUAGAUUGACAAGUAGACGAGUUUGUACGUUGUGUAGAAUUAUUGCCUCUGGCCAUUGGAAAAUUACCAGGGUAAUAAUGUGUUGUGCUGUGAGAAUUUUGGAAAAGUGCUAUUAUAUUUUUUAAAAAAGACACAUAGGUCAAUUAUGUGCGGUUUGUCAAAUCUGCUCAAGGGAAAUUUUGUUUUGAAACUGCCUAUUGGGACUUCAGCGUAGUUUCAACAAUCUCGGCCUAGCUUAUCCUUUACCUACUGCUUAUUUAAAAAGUUCACCGUAAACAUCUUUUAAAAAAAAUAUUAGUACAGUAACUGUAGUCUAGCAUUAAUUGAAUACAUGUAAUACUUUUUAAUACCUCUAAAUAAAAAAUAAAUGUACGUAUUGCAUCUACAGUAGUGUUGCUGAAUAUAACUACACUCAAGUUUGUCAACCCAAUACAACCAUAUGUUGUCAAUGACGACCAUAUGCUUUCUGUCGAGAAUGGUCAAUUUCAAUAAUAAUUAUAAUAAUAAGUAACACAUUUUAUCACCUAUCGCUGCAAAUUACUUUGAGCUGAGUUAUCAAACAUGUUUACGUCAGUUUGCACAAAGCUGACAAACUGCACAUAACAGGUCCAUUCUAAUCCGUAUAAAAAAACGUCCAAUAUCAUUAGUUCUUCUAACAGUUGUAGUGCUGCAGGUGUUCUGAUACUGUACAUGUUUUACAAGUCAUUCCAAAGUUAGUUAAUUACAUUAUCAUAUACUGUAGUUUAUAAAAAAUAUAACCAUUAUUAUUGACAGUGCAUGGGCCAAAUUAUUUGUUUUUUGAUUUGAAGGUCAAAUUUAUAUAUCCAUUUUUAAAAUGAAAUUUGAAUUUAAUAACUUAAAAAAUAUAUUCUAGCAAUAUUUAUACUUUAAGAAUUCAUAUUGAUGGCCAUUCCUUUGUGUAUAAACAGUAAAGAGAAGAUACCUUCAUUCUUUAUAUCAUUUGAUUACAGAUAAUGUAGGUCUUUAUUACAGGUUAAAUGAUUUAUACCUAUGUGUUAAGGAAUUAAUAAUGAAUAAUGCCUGUGCGCUUGAAUUAUUAUUACCUUAGUUAUUGGAUCAUGCGUACCUACGAAGUGUAUACUCGACUCCCUAGGGGCGAAUGUUACAUAAUUCUCAGUUAGCAGUCAGAGCAUUGGCAUUUAAACCUAGCAGUACGGCUGCUUGCAUUCCUUGGUUAGAGAGACACAAUAUGACUGAAGUUCCUUGCCUAAGAAGAUGAACAAUUAUCUUGCCUCGAGACUCGAACCCCUAUUGUUUUGUUAAAAUAUUAUCGUCUGCUGUGUCACCUGCAUUUCAGGAGUCUCUAAUGUACUCUUUCAACAAAUUUUCUCAUAAAAUACAAACUAUACCAAGAACAACAUACUGUGUAAAAAAAAAAUGAACUGCAAUAGGGAUUCCUAAAAAUAGGCUUGUGAUAGGAGCAUGAGCAUAGUUUAGAAAUUAAUAAUAAUAAUAAUAAUAAUAAUAAUAAUAGUGUAGUUUUAUAUAAUGCACAUAUCUAUCUAAUGUAAGAUGCUCAGGGCACUUGACAUGUGGACUAGGAACUCGAUCAAUGAAAAUUAGGUGUAAUUAGGUCGGACAAGGUGCUCUCAGUCAUUGGUCAUCGGUCGAAAUGUACAGUAGGACCAAUUACCAACUCCCCGACAAAUCUCCAUUCACACCAGCGGUUUAGCCAAAAAAAACCGAAAUAGGCCGUUUAAAAUGGAAGCCAGUGGGUGUGGAACUGACCUGAUGGGCGGGCCACGGCCAUCUUUGGGAAUCCUCACCGAAUAUUGGUACGAAAACAAUGUACAAACAAUCAAUAAAUGUUGUUUUUAUCAAACGUAAAUAUGAUUUAGCAUUAGUAUAACAUUUGAUAGAUUUUAAGAAUAUAAUGAAUUUGCUAAAGGUAGUACAGGCCCAAUUAGGCUAGGCCGAGCUGAUUAGGCAAAGCUGUCCAAGCCGUCUCGGUAAAAGUGGCCAUCCUAAAUAAUUGUAGGCUGUCCAAAAGACGGCCGGACGGCUCGCUGGCUAAGCCUAUGAUUCACACUAUACUUGGCAUACUGAGGGAACAGAAAUGAACCUAGAAAAAAUCCAUGUGUUAUGAGGCAUUCCAUUUUACAGAAGAAUUCCACUGAGAGUAUUAUCUGUGCAAGUGCAGUGAACUCAAAAAGCGAACCAAAUCAUUGUCUGCAGCAAUUUACCAAUUCAAUAAAAAACAUUGAAAAAAUUAGUCAUUUAAUAUUUCACUUUCAUAAAUGUGGCAGUACUUGUAAUUAACAAAAACCAUCUGCAUUUGAUGAGCAAGAUCCAUCUGGUUUCAAUUUAGCAUCGACAGGGGCUUACUCUCACUAUACACCACCUCCACUCCCCCCCCCCCCUUCACUCCAGCCUGUUUCAGUCCAAAAUUCAAUGCUGUACAGUACUCUAUUUGCUGCAACAUUACAGACUAUAUAUCCCCCAUUAGGGGCAAAGCCAGAUUAAAGGGCUGUAGGGGGCCUGGAGCUCUAAUUGCAAGUGGGCCUAGAUACUCUGUGGCUAAAACAUAAAACCAGAUUUUCUUGAUUUUUCCUGGGGUUUGGGGGCCUAUUUUUCCCAUUGGGGCCUGUUGGCACCACAAAAGCCUUUAUGUUAAUCUGGCCCUGAUUAGGGGCAGAGAAUACAUUUCAUAACCAUUGUUCCAAUAACUUAACACUGAAAACACUAAGUGUGAGGAAGCAUUUGAGUGCUAAAAAAAAUUAUUAUUGACAAUAAUGAUUUUCUUUAAUAGUUUUUCGAUUUUGUUUGUCGUUUAGCUUAGAUACCAGCAGGCACUGUGUUUUAAACUGGUUUUGUUUUGCCCGUCAAAACUACUAACUGUAUUUUGCGCUAUAUAAUUUCAACAUUAAUAUUCCUUUCUGAUAUUGUGGCUUAUGUAUAACACCAUAGUUAAUAUAGUUAAUUUUGUCUAUAGUUUUCUAUUUGGCUGAAACUGGUGCUUUACUAUGCUUUCUGAAUAAUUAAAUCUUGACGAUUGUAUAAUUAGAUAUCCUGUACAAGUCUCUCUCCAAUUAAAGACCACAUUUUUGCAGCCCCAGUUGAAUGCCAAUCUUUUAUCAUUAGCUUGUUCCCCAAUUAAAGAUUCUCUCUGGAAACCAAAGACCAUGGUUUUUGUGUACCCAACUAAACAUUUAAACUUCAAUUAAAGACCACUAUAAAAUAAAUAGAUGUUAAUGUAAUUUUUUUUCCUGUAAUAAUUUGUGACAGUGUUGGCAGUAGUUAUUGUAAUGGUGAUUUGGGUAGAACGAACACAGGUCUUCGUUUGUCACUACCGGGAAAUGGUAUACUAAGAAUCAGUAACGGCAUACAGUAACUGUACAUCUAUUCUUGGAAUAAAACAAUUACUAUCAUUUCAUUAUUUUCCUGUAAACAGAGAAAUAUAAAGACCUUUUAGAGCCAGUCUUUAAAUGAAGGGAUUCUCAUUAGCGACCAAAGCUGCUAAAAACUACUAAAAGCCUGGUCCCAAAAGUUGUCUUUAAUUGGAGAGAGACCUGUACUGUAUUUUGAGAACUGGUAAUUACUAUUGCAUUCUGUUAAUCAUUGCCAUAUAUUUUAUUUGUUUUAAAAGUUUCAUUUGUAAUAACUUUAGAUUUUUAAAAUGUUAUUAGUUAUUUUCAAUGCUUCAAUCGCAUAAUUAUUUUUAUUACGAUAAAUUAGAAUUAUAAAUCUAUUAUCACAGU